AUGUCGGACGGGCGUAACCCCAAGGCGGUCAACCCCCCCAACUCCUACCCAAGAAAAACCGGCAACGCCCGCAUGAACUACUCAGUAACCAUGUUUGCAAACCCAGCACGCUCCUUGCUUGGGGCUACGAAGCAUUCAAGGCUUUCGGCUCCAAUUCGCUCAUUAUCAUCCGCCCGUCAGCCGAAUUCACCACCAAAAAACCCUGAACAAGAUGCCAAACCAGUCGCAGCCAAAGAUUCUUCGCAGAAACAAGCGUAA